GACGAGUGGCCUGACCGAGCUCCUCCCCCGGCCCGCCCCGGCAGGUUUAUCUUGUGACUGAGGCGGUCGCAUCUUCCUUCCUCGCGCUGGGAAUCUUUUUAGCUGCGAUGCGUUUCUUGGUCGCCGCGUUCCUGCUCCUGGCGCUCGGCGCCUCCGCCCUGGCGGAGCCGGUGCAUUUCAAGGACUGCGGUUCUGGGCUUGGAGUUAUAAAGGAACUGAAUGUGAACCCAUGCCCCACCCAGCCCUGCAAACUGCACAAAGGCCAGUCUUACAGUGUCAAUGUCACCUUCACCAGUAAUAUUCCGUCUCAAAGUAGCAAAGCCGUGGUGCAUGGCAUCGUGUUGGGUGUCCCAGUGCCCUUUCCCAUUCCUGAGGCUGAUGGUUGUAAGAGUGGAAUCAACUGCCCCAUCCAAAAAGACAAGACCUACAGCUACCUGAAUAAACUACCAGUGAAGAAUGAGUACCCCACUAUAAAACUGGUGGUUCAGUGGGAGCUCCUGGGAGACAAAGACCAACGUCUCUUCUGCUGGGAAAUCCCAGUGCAGAUUGAAGGCUAGAUCUUUUGCUGCCAGUAUGUCCGUCUGGGGGUGAGAGAGCACAGGAGAAAUCCAUUCUAACCUAAAUCAGUGCCAUAAGAUGAAAGGAAUUUCUACACCACUGUUUUAUGCCUCUCAGCCUCCAGAAGGUUCCAGACCCUGUUUCCUGAGAGCUCAGAACUAUUGCCCUUGUAAUAUCUUUUGUGAAGGGUUGGAGGAAAGGAGAGAGGGAGGGAUAGGCAUGGAUUGAAUUGUCCUCAGUGUUUUUUGCUGUUGGAAUAAGGAGGGUCCAGCCGGUCAGGACCCGAAUGAGGCUGCGUAGGGCUAUUGGAUAACUUGCCCUCGGGUUAUCGGCCCUGGCAGCAGAGGACGGGUCCCAGACCUCCCCCACCUCCUGGGAUAUUACAUCUGCAAGUUCAUCUCCAAGUGCCUCCUGGAGUUCAGUGCAUUGGGCCAGCAGCUCCAGCUCCGCCGCUUCGACGACAGUGACCUGCUGUCCAGUGGUGCCCAGCAUCUCGGUGGAGGGGAGGUGGUCCACCACAGAAACCCACCUCGGAGCGGCCAGUCCUCUACGGUGAUCUCCUGUCUCCUUUUCUCCUUAGGUGGUUUUCAUUAAAUGUAGCACUUGAUUAGCAGAUGUUUGAUUUUUUCUUUUUAACAACAUUAACUUGUGGCCUCUUUAUGCACCUGGAAAUGUCCUUUUGAAAUAAAUAAAACUUGACAGUCUUGUCUUCUGCA